GCUUGAAGAACAAAGUGACAUGUACUGGUAAUCCUAUGGACAAGAUACGAAUACGUAACACUGAGGAUUCGUGAUUGGGAUGAUAACUAUGCUUGCUUGCUUCAUGCAUCAUAGGCCGGAGGAGAUUGAUGAUCUGACUUGUUGCGGAUUUGUAGCAGCUGAAAGAUGUCCUUUGCACCGAGGACCUCACUAACCUCGGCCAAGAUGACCUCACUAACCUCGGCCAAGAUGACCUCACUAACCUCGGCCAAGAUGCAGACCAAAAUGAGUGCCUGGACACCUCUUAACCACCAGCUGUCUAAUAACAAUGUGUUUGAAGAGCGAAGAAACCUGCUGGGAAAAUGGUUUGACAAGUGGAGCGACGGCCAGAGGAAGGCGGUUCUACAGGACUUUUUCUCGCGGUGUUCAGUGGGCCAGCUGCGUUUCCUCCGUCAGAACCUGACCAAGAGGGUUCCAGAAGAGAACCUAGACUUCACCUCUGUCCUGCCCAGAGUUCUCUCUCUCUAUGUCUUCUCUUUCCUCGACCCCAGGAGUCUUUGCAGGUGUGCACAGGUGAGUUGGCACUGGAAGGGUAUAGUUGAGUUGGACCAGCAAUGGAUGCCCAAGUGUCUUAAACUGGGCUGGUGCAUCAACUUUGCUCCCACACCAUUUGAACAUGGGGUCUGGAAGAGACACUACAUAGAGACCGUACUGGAGCUCCACAUCGGCAAACCUAAGACUCUAUCACAGCAGGAGUUCAUUGUCCCCGAGGUGACGUCCAUAAACAGUGUGACGUUUGACCAAUCGGAGAGCUUCCUCAGAGAGGUGCGAUCCGCACGCCCCGUCCAGCAAGAGAGGAGCGGUGGCGGCACCACGAGGUGGUCAUCGGGGUCCCAGCUGAAGGGGCUACCCCCGUGGAGGGGUGCAGACAGACACCCCACUGACACCGUGCGAUUCAAUUAUCUGGAAAAUCUGGACCCCAUAGAGCACGCCCACCAAGCAAAAGUGAAGAGCAGAGGGGUCUUCAACAAAUACAAUGAAAAUAAGAAAGAGUUGUCUGCAUUCAAUUAUAAACUGCGCAAGGCAAAGUCAUUGAUGUUCCUGUCCUUGGACCUGACUCCAGGUUCGGGUUCUGGAGCAGGACAGCAGAAGCAGAACCGGUUCCGCCCCCAAUGGGCCACACAGAGCCUAGAGUACCCUGUCACCAAGGCAACAGCCAAGAGCCUGUCGCGGUCGAGCCAAUGGAACGCUGGGAUACGACCUGGUCCUGUGAGGCCAGCGGUGCCCAGGGUCAGUCAGGAAGGACUGAGGGCAUCAAAUGAGGACAAACAGGAGUGCUCCUAGUUAGAAACAUCUUUCCCUCCCUUCCUUCCUCCUUUUCUUCUUUCCUACUUUCCUUAAAUCUGUCCAUCGCACAGGACACACAGGACCACGCCUAGUAAGACAAUAGAUGACCAAUCCUUUCAAUGUACAUUCUUGGUUGAACUAACAGAAUGAGCUCUCCAUCAAAAAGGAAACUUGUGUCCAAGCAAACACGUGACAUUAUACAUUCUUACUCAAUGAAUGCUUUCUUUCACUGCGUGAAUGUUCUGUAUCAUGUAUGAUGUAUAAUUGACUUACGUGGUUUGAGGUUUCAGCAGCACCACUGUUUGAGGGACAAGCCUUGGAGGAUACAAGCUUCCAGUGGGGGAUCAGACGAGUGAACUAUAUCGCCACCCUGUGGAGCACGUUAGUACUGUAGCACAGACAGAACGCAGCAGUGGUGCUCAACUGGAGUCUGACCAAUGUUCCCUCUAGUAUUUUGUUUUGUUUGGGGGGGGCACUGAGCAUAUUUUUGGUCUUGUGAGCAGAAACUUCAACAUUGUGAGAAUUUUGUGCAACUUCCGGCGCGCGUUUACAGUGAGCACUGAGGCUGUACCCAUACAGUUUUAGACAAUGGCCCAAAUAGGUGACUGUAAAUUGCCUUGGGUUGUAGGAUGCAAGAAACCCCUUUACAAAUUAAAAUGAAUUAUUACCAUACAGAGAAUUAGACAAUGUACGCUACCCCUCUGCCUAUUGGCUUAUUUGCAUAUUCAAGCCUGUCUCAAAAUACAACUCUGCUCCUUUAAUUAAGACAAGCUUUUUACCGGACUGACUUUUCAAAGACAUGUUGAAAUGUAGCCUACACGUUUUGUGCUCUUGUAGGAAGCUGGAACUCCCCAUUGUUGACCUAUACUUAUCUAUAACUGAGCUAAUAACGCGCUAACUAGCAAAGAAUAUCAAGUUUGCACACGGGCGGCUCAGAUCUGAAAAGCGCAUUCACUCUACUCCAUGCGCUCUGGCUACAACAAAAACAGACUCAAUCUUGUAAAAUUAGGUUUGUUGCAUUGAAAAGGGCUGAUAUGGUGAUUCGAUCACAGAAAAAAACGCCCAAACUAAUUGGGCGAACUCAUUGAAGUUCAAUCUCAUGCAUUUCUUCUGCGCAGCAGUCCUGGAGGAAAUGCGCGCACAGUUUAGAGGGAACAUUGGUCGAGUGGUUAGAAAUCGGUCGCGGGUGUCUGAUUAAAUAAAAUGGUUAUUGUUUUGGGAUGAUGAAUAAAAGACUCCAGUCUGCACUUAAACUACGAAAGCCAGGUAAAGGUUGUAGAAAUCAUUGAAACAAAUGUAUCUCAAUAUAGAGCUAUUCAGCAGAUUUGGUUGAUUUUGUGGUCUCAACCCAGUUAGCAAUACACACGUUUAUUAAUAAUGGGUCAAAUUAGUAUUGACAAUAGAACACGUGGGAACGUUGUAACCUUGUCAUAUACAUUGCUACAGUUACUAUCAAUAUAGCGUCACAAAUACUUCUCCAGGUGGCUUUUUCUAGUUCUAAUAUUGGGUUUGCGACCGAGACAACGGGUACCAAUUUGGGUCCGGAGGCAAAACCAGUUGAGAAGCACUGGUAUACAAUACAGAGGACGUACAGUACUGAUAACAGUACUAUACAUACUGAAGUAGUGAGAAUCAGAAGAGAAGCCGUUCAAGCAAACAGUACUGGGAAGAUGGAACUGAGAAGUGUACUCUUGAUUUUACAUCAAAUCAUGUUGACGUACAUUUCCACUAAGUUGAAUUAUGACAAGAACACAAUCUAUGGACAUGACUAUAUAAUUUGAUGUUUGGUAUGGAAAAAUGUCAAUAAAAUAUUCAUGACAACAAACCCAGGUGCAGAAA